AUGCCGAAAAGGUCGCGCUUCACUCGGAUCUCAUCGAUGACGGAUGAGGAGUUGGAUGAAAGAGAGCAAGAGCUAGAGAUGGCCCUGCGUCAGCGAAACGAAGCUCUAAACUCAUUGAGGAACAACCUUGGCGAGAAGUUCACACCUCUUGGGGAUCACCAGAAGUUCAAGGAGAUGCAGAACUUCAAGCAGCUACGAGACCGGGAGAAAUACCUCAUCCAGGAAGUGCAGGAAGAGAAGCGUCGGCGGCAGGAGAAGCGGGAGGCUGCAAAUGCGCCGCCUGCGACGUCUGCCAUGUCGGCAGCCAUCGCGGAGUACUUCGCCCAGCAGAAGCAGCAGACCUCCCAAGCAGCACCAACAUCAGCAGAUGCGAAACGGAUGGCAGCCAGCAUGGCAAAGACUGCCAAGAUACAUCCUUCGCUGGCCAGCGUCUAUGCCAAUGCGGCACCUGCAGCAGCCACGGCACCGCUGCAGACCCUGCAGCAAGAAGCCCAG